AUGUCUGCGUACGUUACUGCACUAUUAUUGGUAUUGGUAUUGUUUUAUGAUGGCUAUUGCAGCCGUACUAGAUCCCAGGCUGCAAAGGCCACUAAGGCCACCAAGGCUUCUGGACCUGCGGUCAAGACAAAGUCUUCUGUAAUGGAGACUAAGAAGCAGCCUGUAGUUGCCAAGCGUUCUACUGCUAAGCAUGCUCUUCCCCCUGCGACUGCUACAUCAGAUGAUGAGCAGACGAGUGGUACAGAGUCUGAUCAGCCCAUACAAUCCAAGCUUGUGGGCUCUGGAAAGAAAGCUCAGGCUGCUAAGAAGGCUGUGUCUCUGAUUGAUGAUGAGGCUGCUGGUAGUGAUGAUCAGGAGAGUGAUGCUGAGGAGGGUGAUGUCACCAAUGAUAGUGAGGAGGAGAGUGUUGAGGCUGUUGAGGACAUAGAGCCUGAGGAGGAUACGGAUGAUGAGGUAGUGGUUGUUGAGGUUCCUAAAUCAGCUAAGAAGCCCCGUGGAAAGCUCACAAGGAAACCAUCUGUGUUGGAACUGUCUCAGUCCAGCCCUGACUGGGACAAUGACCUGAUUGGCUUAACUCCACAGAGCCCUGUCAAGCGACGCAACCCUUCUGGGCCACCAGAGACCCCAGCCACUCCAUCCCCUAACAAGGGCAGGUCUCACAAGAAGCGUGCCUCCCCUACGAAAAAGUCUCGAGGGACAGUUGCCAAGGGCAAGGGCAAGGCAAAGCAGGAUGCCAUCAUUUCUGAUGCUGAGGAGAAUGUGUUCCUUGACAGGAAAUCCAGCAGCAGUAGUGACGUGUACAUCGGGAAGCAGAGACUUGAACCAGUUGUAGAAGUACCUGAGGUGAAGAGCUCAUUGAAGAAGAAGAAGGGCAAGGAUGUUGUUUAUGCAAGUCCAGAGUACAAGCGUCAGCCACCCGAGGGCAACAAGCACUGUCUGCAACUGGACAGAAGCAAGAUCAACGGUUGGCUCAAGGACACAUACAAGAACAUGUGGCCCCUGAAGAAAUAUGAUGUUCCCAACCAUCCAAGCAUCAGGGCAGAUGAUCUUGUUGCAUCAUUUACGGAGCAGGGCAUUCAGUUCCAGACUGCUGCCCUCAAGAAGACCCUCACCUUCUCAUUCAGGAUGAUGUGGCUUGUGAACCCUGCCCGUGCAUGUCCAGACAACUUUGGAGCCAUGGGGACGGGGUACUACCGGCCAGUCGUCACCUUUGAAGAUCAUGCUGUCAUCAAUGUCACGUUUGGGGUGGUUGAGCACAGUCAUUUGAUCACUGCAGGUGAAUUCAAGACUGGUGUUGGCAUGCGGACUAGCAAGUCCAUUGCUAUCAUACCCCUUGAUGUGGAGUUUGACCUUGCUUGGGCAUUCUGGUGUGAGGUACUGGGACAGCCUGAGCUGUCCUCACCGGCUGUUAGCAACAACUACGUCAACUUUGGCACUACUCUGGAGCAGGUGGACAAACGUGAUGCAUUUACUUCCAGUCGUGGCAAGGUCAACCUCGACAAGUACAUCAACAGCCCUGCCAAGCAUACAGCCUCCACAUCAACAACCCCCUCACGCACUCCUCGUAAACCCCAGUCUGCACUCACCCGUAGCCGUCCCCAAAUAAUCAAUGAUACCCUGGGUGAGCGUGUAGCCCUGAGCCCCCGUCAAGAGAUACCUGUGUGGGAUGCACAGAGUUCUUUGAUGCAAAUGCUACUGCAGCAUUUGACAUUGAGGCUGUUGAACAGUUGUGCCCCGCACAUUCAACGAGCCUAG